GCUGCCUCCGAGUCCCGGGAGGAAGAGGAAGAACGUAACCUAGAGGGUGAACUGGGAGGUGGUGUCCAUCUUAUUUACACCGGUGUGAUUGCUAUAUUUUUGAUCUGUUGGAUUUUUGAAGGACUAUAAAAGUUAAAAGCCGGGUCUUCAGAGAUGAGCAGUUCAGAAGAAGUGUCAUGGAUCUCCUGGUUCUGUGGACUGAGGGGGAAUGAGUUUUUCUGUGAAGUGGAUGAAGACUACAUCCAGGACAAGUUUAAUCUGACAGGGCUCAAUGAGCAGGUUCCUCACUACCGCCAGGCCCUUGAUAUGAUCCUGGACCUCGAACCAGAUGAGGAGCUGGAGGACAAUCCCAACCAGAGUGACCUGAUCGAGCAGGCAGCGGAGAUGCUGUACGGCCUCAUCCACGCACGCUACAUCCUCACUAAUCGAGGCAUCGCACAGAUGUUGGAGAAGUAUCAACAGGGAGAUUUUGGCUAUUGCCCCCGAGUCUAUUGUGAGAAUCAGCCGAUGCUUCCUAUCGGUCUGUCAGACAUCCCAGGAGAGGCCAUGGUGAAGCUGUACUGUCCUAAAUGUAUGGACGUCUACACGCCCAAGUCCUCAAGGCACCACCACACAGAUGGAGCCUAUUUUGGCACUGGCUUCCCCCACAUGCUCUUCAUGGUUCACCCUGAGUACAGGCCCAAGAGGCCCGCCAAUCAGUUUGUCCCGAGGCUGUACGGGUUCAAGAUCCACCCCAUGGCCUACCAGCUGCAGCUGCAAGCCGCCUCCAGCUUCAAGAGCCCCGUCAAGGCCAUCCGCUAGAGCGGCCUGGACAGAGGAGGAAGAGGAGGAGGAAGAUUGGUAGAGAAAGAGAGAGAAGACGGGAAAGAAUUACCAUCAGAUGGGGAGGGGUCACCUGCAUUUUACAAAGCUUUUCAGGUGCCCCCUCCCCACCCCGAAGACUGUAUUAUUUUGGUUUAGAUUAGGGCAAAUGAAAACAAAUGUCAAGAUUUUUGAGUGUGAGCGAGAGAAAAACCCACAGCCAUGAUCUAAAUCUCACACACACACACACACACACAUACAGAAACACAUAGAUGCAGCCACACACGUGGGAUUCCAUGCACGUACCUUACCAAACUCAUCAGUGCCAAAAACAGGAGGGUGAGGUAAGAGGAAGCUGAACAAUACUUCAUGCUGCUGCUCGCUCUGCUGUCGUGAUCGGUGGGUGACGCUACGUGGGAACUUUUUCCCCGUAGAGAAGGUUUUAUGUUCAGGGCUGUUUGACGUAAAGCAUUUGUUUGUUCUGUAUUUGGCACAGUUUGGUAAAGGGUGGUGGUAAACCCUCAGUCAUUUGAAGCUUCCUGUCCCCAUUAGCCCCCCCCCCCCCCCCAUUAGACCCCCCCCGCUCUCCCCAAAAUGCAUGUACAUGCUCGGGCUGGCACUCGCAGAGACCGUUUGGACGGUGGGUGUUUUUCUGCAUCACUCGUUUGAAAGAAUUUCGGUUGCCGGUCUGUCUGGUGUUUUGUGGUGUUGUUGCACAAAGCAUUCUGUUAAAUUUGCCUUAAGAUUUCAGAGAACACGCCCACAUUGUUUUUGUUUUCUAAGCGGCACACGCAACAGUAGUUCCCAUUUCCCCUGUUCGAGGCGGUAAGGUAGAAACCGCUUCAUCUAACACAGAUUUGUUUCAAAUCGUUCAGACAAUUGUAAUCAGCCUGCGUCAUUUCUCCAGCUGUCUGUGCGUGUGUCAAACAACUGUCUGUAUUGGUACCGAAGUGAAAAUAUAACCUGUGCUACAGUUUUAUUUCUGAGACGUUUCCCCUCCUGCAGCAGCAGGCUUAGCUGCGUUUCUAUUGUCACCCUUCUUCCCUCAUAGCGGGGGGGGGGCGGUCAGCCUGGCUAGCUUGGCUAGCUCUGUCCAAACGUAACAAAACCCUCCUACCAGCACAUUUAAAGCUCACUAAGUAAGAAGUCAGAUCUUGUUAGUUAAUUUGCAUUAUGCGUUCGGUGGGACAUACUACUUUGUCAUGACAUUGCACCUUUUUAAAAACGCAGAGCCUCGUGCUCAUAGGUCCACUUUGCAGAGGAUUGUGCAUCCUGGUAUUUUUGACACAUUCAAUAUUUUUUCUGUCAUACUCGACAAUAUGCUGGUGUGGGUAUUGGAACGCACAGCCAGUGUUUGAGUCUAGACAGUUACUGGUCCCUGUUUUUACACCUCGUGUAGGCACGAACCAACGGUGUUCAUUAUUGAGCUCCAGAGGUGUCGGUAGGAGGAUUCUAUUACCGUCGGACUGAUCCAGGCUCGCUGCUUCCCCCGUUUCCAGUGUUUUUGCUAAGUUAAGCUAACCUGCUGCUGGGUGUAGCUUUAUAUUCGUCUUUUCAUCAGUGUCUGAAAGCCAAUAUGUCCCCGAAAUGUCAAAGCAUCCCUGUAAAGAUCAAGGAGGUUAACCCGGUGCAAGAGGAAUUUCGACAAUCUGAAUCCUUCAGCUCACUCCACCACUGCACUGAUCCCACUGGUGUCUCUCCACAGCACAGUCUCAUUAUUUAUGUUCAGGUUUAGAGACAGACCGACCACCAGCCGCUUUCUUUUUUUUGUUUUGUUUCUGAAGCAGUGGGACGGAUGCUCAGCUGUCCUUUCCUCACUCCCGCCCCCUCUUUACGUUUGUGUGACUGGAAUAGAUUGUUUUUGGAUUUCAUGAUACAAGAGAAACGGUAUUUAUGUGUCCAGAUUUUAACUAAUGUUUGUGUUGUUGUCUUUCUGCUACUGUGGAAGGGUGAGCAGGAUUCAGACUUCUCAAUAAACUUCUAUUUUCUUUUCAUACUCUUUUUGUUCUUAAUUUUCUUUGAGACUGCAGCUCUGCCCUCCUGCCACACGGUGUCAGUAGAGAGCUUAGUGCUUUAAAAGAGAUAUAUUUUUAUAUCUAUAAGAUAAUGUAACACAGUGGGAGCAUAAAACACAGAACUGUACCUGCA